CUCAGCUUGGGGAGGGAAUGUGGAGAAACCUCCGUGAGGAAAAUGCGCGCGAAGUGACGCGACACGCGCCGCUCUACAAGUGCUCUAACCAUAUUCCAAGAACAGCGCGGGAACCGGGGCGCGAAAAGGACUCGUCCUGUUGAGGGGACAAACAUGACUGUGGUGCCCGGGGAGAACCUCGAAGAGACUGUGGCAUUGGCAGCCCUGUCCCAAGAUGUUUACGACCAUGAACGGGCAGACCAGGAGUGCUGCGAGCGGGUGGUUAUCAACAUCUCCGGCUUGCGCUUCGAAACCCAACUAAAAACACUAGCGCAGUUCCCCGCCACCUUGCUCGGUGACCCCAGGAAAAGAAUGCGCUUCUUCGACCCUCUGAGGAACGAGUACUUCUUCGACAGGAACCGACCGAGCUUUGAUGCCAUCCUCUACUACUAUCAGUCUGGAGGCAGGCUGAGGAGACCCGUCAAUGUUCCCGUGGACAUCUUUAUGGAGGAGAUCAAAUUCUACGAGUUAGGAGAAGAAGUCAUUGAGAAUUUUAGGGAGGACGAGGGGUUCAUCAAGGAGGAAGAGCGACCUUUGCCCGAAAACGAGUUUCAGAGACAGGUCUGGCUUCUGUUCGAGUACCCCGAGAGCUCUGGACCCGCGAGGGGCAUCGCAAUCGUCUCGGUGCUCGUCAUCUUGAUAUCAAUUGUCAUCUUUUGCUUGGAGACUUUACCUGAGUUUAGGGAGGAUGGGAAAAUGAACGAGGAGAGCCUCGCACUCAAUGGAACUGCUAGUUCAAAGAAGCCCAAUCCAUUCACAGACCCCUUCUUUAUUGUGGAGACCCUUUGUAUAAUCUGGUUCUCUUUUGAAUUGCUCGUGAGGUUCCUCGCGUGCCCAAGCAAGCCCGCCUUCUUCAAGAAUAUAAUGAACACGAUUGACAUCGUGGCUAUUAUCCCCUACUUCAUCACUUUGGGUCUGGAGUUGGCCGAGCAUCAGGGUAACGGCCAGCAGGCGAUGUCUCUGGCCAUCCUGAGGGUCAUUCGCUUGGUUCGGGUGUUCCGCAUAUUCAAGCUUUCCAGACACUCAAAAGGGCUUCAGAUCUUGGGAAAGACCCUGCAAGCGAGCAUGCGAGAGCUGGGUCUUCUCAUAUUCUUCCUUUUCAUUGGAGUUAUACUGUUCUCCAGCGCCGUGUAUUUCGCCGAGACGGACGACCCCGACUCGGGGUUCAGCAGCAUCCCCGAUGCCUUCUGGUGGGCAGUUGUUUCCAUGACCACUGUGGGCUACGGGGACAUGUGCCCAGUCACCAUCGGUGGCAAAAUAGUGGGCUCUUUAUGUGCCAUCGCCGGUGUGCUCACCAUUGCGCUUCCAGUGCCCGUCAUCGUGUCCAAUUUCAAUUACUUCUACCACAGGGAGACCGAGCACGAGGAACAGAUGGAGUACACGCACGUGACGUGUGGCCAGCAGCAGCCCUCGUUUGGUGAAUUUAAAACGAGUGACAGCAAACCGUCCCUUGCUAAAUCAGACUAUUUGGAUUCAGAGGAUGGAGAUUCAGUCAAGUACACCAACUGCAGCCCCCAUAAAGCACACACAGGGAGGCUUACUGGUGAAUGAAUGUAGAACGCCAACAAUUCUAAACCCAAAGAAGAGCACCUUUCUCCAUCAUCCCCUGAGUACGUGUCAUAAUCUGAGGA